CCACCACACAAACACAAAAUUUUGUACACCUAAUACAUACAUUAUUACUAUAAUACUGAUAUGUUUGUAUGUGUAUGUUUAUACAUCAUUUUCACUCAUUAUUACUCAUUUCUCUAAAUAGAGGAAAGAGGUAGUUGUUGUUUACUUGUAAUGGGGUGUUUAAAAGCAGUCUCAUAAAAGAGAGUUGUAGAAGAACAAGAAGAAGAGUAAAGGGUAGUAGUAGUAGUAGUGCUUUUCUUGAAUGUCUAAUAGUAGUGGCCUCUAAUGUGCUUGAACUGAGAAGGGUAUUUUGUUCAAUAUUUUGUUCAUCUCCAUUCUUGAUUGUGGACUGAGUCAAUGGAUACUAAAGGGAGGCUUAUUGCUGGUUCACAUAAUAGAAAUGAGUUUGUUCUUAUCAAUGCUGAUGAAGUUGGAAGAGUAACUUCUGUGAAAGAAUUAAGUGGACAGAUUUGCCAGAUUUGUGGAGAUGAGAUUGAAGUUACAGUAGAUGGGGAGCCAUUUGUUGCUUGCAAUGAAUGUGCAUUUCCUGUUUGUAGACCUUGCUAUGAGUAUGAAAGGAGAGAAGGGAAUCAAGCUUGUCCUCAAUGUAAGACUAGGUAUAAACGCAUUAAAGGGAGUCCCAGAGUCGAUGGAGAUGAUGAAGAGGAUGAAUUUGAUGACUUAGAUCAUGAAUUUGAUUAUGAUGGCACCCCUAGACAUAUUUCUGAGGCUGCACUAGCUGCUCGCCUUGGCCGCGCUAACAAUUAUAAUGCUUCUGGUCUUAAUACCCCGGCAGAAGUAGAUCCUGCUGCCCUUAACUCUGAAAUCCCACUUCUUACUUAUGGUCAAGAGGAUGAUACAAUUUCAGCUGAUAAACAUGCACUCAUCGUACCGCCUUUUAUGGGUCGUGGGAAGAAAAUUCAUCCCGUUCCCUAUUCAGAUUCAUCCAUGUCUUUGCCGCCUCGCCCUAUGGAUCCUAAGAAAGAUUUGGCAGUUUAUGGAUAUGGUACUGUUGCAUGGAAGGAAAGAAUGGAGGACUGGAAGAAAAAGCAGAAUGAUAAACUACAGGUGGUUAAGCAUGGAGGAGGCAAAGGUGGUGAUAACGAUGGGGACGAGCUGGAUGAUCCCGAUCUCCCAAAGAUGGAUGAAGGGAGACAACCACUUUCGAGGAAGCUGCCUAUUUCCUCUAGCAGGCUUAGUCCGUACAGAUUAUCCAUUUUAGUUCGUCUUGCUGUUCUUGGGCUCUUUUUCCACUAUCGAAUAACGCAUCCUGUCAAUGAUGCAUAUGUAUUAUGGCUGCUUUCUAUUAUAUGUGAAAUAUGGUUUGCUGUGUCAUGGAUAUUUGAUCAGUUCCCUAAAUGGUGUCCAAUUCGUCGAGAGACAUACCUGGAUAGGCUAUCUCUGAGGUAUGAAAAGGAAGGGAAGCCUUCUGGGUUAGCCCCUGUAGAUAUAUUUGUUAGUACGGUGGAUCCGAUGAAAGAACCUCCACUCAUUACUGCAAAUACUGUUCUCUCCAUUCUCGCUGUGGAUUAUCCAGUGGACAAGGUUUCGUGCUAUGUCUCUGAUGAUGGUGCUGCAAUGCUUACUUUUGAGGCUCUCUCUGAAACAUCUGAGUUCGCAAGGAAAUGGGUCCCAUUCUGCAAAAAGUUCAACAUAGAGCCUCGAGCCCCCGAGUGGUAUUUUUCUCUGAAGGUUGAUUAUUUGAAAAAUAAAGUACAUCCAUCAUUUGUGAGGGAACGUCGUGCUAUGAAGAGAGACUAUGAAGAAUUCAAGGUUCGGAUAAAUGGGCUAGUUGCCACAGCACAAAAGGUUCCUGAAGAUGGCUGGACCAUGCAAGAUGGAACGCCUUGGCCAGGAAAUCUCGUCAGGGAUCAUCCUGGAAUGAUUCAGGUCUUCCUGGGUAAUGAUGGUGUCCGUGAUAUUGAAGGGAAUGUACUGCCUCGCCUUAUCUAUGUUUCUCGUGAAAAACGUCCAGGAUUUGACCACCACAAGAAGGCUGGUGCCAUGAAUGCUUUGAUGCGCGUAUCAGCGGUCAUAUCAAAUGCUCCUUACAUGCUCAAUGUGGAUUGUGAUCACUAUAUAAAUAACAGUAAGGCACUGAGAGAAGCUAUGUGCUUUAUGAUGGAUCCCACUUCAGGAAAGAAAAUAUGCUACGUACAAUUUCCUCAAAGAUUUGAUGGUAUCGACAGGCACGACAGAUACUCCAACCGCAAUGUGGUCUUCUUUGAUAUCAAUAUGAAAGGACUUGAUGGCAUCCAGGGUCCAAUCUAUGUGGGUACUGGGUGUGUCUUCAGGAGGCAAGCCCUUUAUGGUUAUGAUGCUCCAAAGAAGACUAAACCUCCAGGAAAAACAUGCAACUGCUGGCCAAAAUGGUGUUGCUGCUGUUUUGGUUCUCGAAAGAAGCAUAAGAAAGGGAAAACAACCAAGGAUAGCAAAAAGAAGACAAAGAGCAAAGAGGCUUCACCACAAAUUCAUGCCCUUGAAAAUAUCGAGGAAGGAAUUGAAGGAAUUGAUAGUGAAAAAGCAUCCCUCAUGCCUCAGAUAAAGCUUGAGAAGAAAUUUGGUCAAUCACCAGUAUUCAUUGCUUCAACACUUCUAGAAGAUGGUGGCAUUCCUCCAGGAGCAACAUCAGCAUCUCUCUUGAAAGAAGCAAUACAUGUUAUUAGCUGUGGUUACGAAGACAAAACAGAAUGGGGUAAAGAGAUUGGAUGGAUUUAUGGAUCUGUCACUGAGGAUAUCCUUACUGGAUUUAAGAUGCACUGCCAUGGUUGGAGAUCCGUCUACUGCAUGCCCAACAGGCCUGCAUUUAAGGGGUCAGCUCCUAUCAAUCUUUCAGAUCGUCUUCACCAGGUUCUUCGGUGGGCUUUGGGAUCUGUUGAAAUUUUCUUCAGUAGACAUUGUCCGAUUUGGUAUGGAUAUGGAUGUGGCCUGAAGCCUCUGGAGCGAUUUUCGUACAUAAACUCAGUGGUCUACCCAUUGACUUCUAUUCCUUUAAUCAUAUAUUGUGCAUUGCCGGCUGUCUGCUUGCUUACAGGGAAAUUUAUUGUUCCAGAGAUUAGCAACUAUGCUAGUAUUCUUUUCAUGGCACUUUUCAUAAUGAUUGGUGUGACGAGUGUUAUUGAGAUGCAAUGGGGAGGUGUUACUAUUGAUGACUGGUGGAGAAACGAGCAGUUCUGGGUGAUUGGUGGUGCCUCGUCUCACCUAUUUGCUCUUUUCCAAGGUCUUCUUAAAGUUUUGGCUGGUGUCAACACUAGCUUCACUGUUACUUCCAAAGCAGCUGAUGAUGGGGAGUUUUCCGAGCUUUAUCUGUUCAAGUGGACAUCUUUGUUGAUUCCUCCAAUGACAUUGUUAAUUCUUAACAUCAUUGGAGUUAUAGUCGGUGUUUCAGAUGCAAUCAACAACGGUUAUGAUUCAUGGGGUCCUCUAUUUGGUAGGCUUUUCUUCGCCUUAUGGGUCAUUGUUCAUCUGUAUCCCUUCCUCAAAGGUGUGAUGGGUAGACAAAAUAACGUUCCAACCAUCAUUAUUGUCUGGUCUAUCCUUCUGGCAUCUAUCUGCUCCUUAUUAUGGGUCCGACUCAACCCAUUCACCGCGAGAGGUGGACUCAAUUUAGAGGUAUGUGGGUUGGACUGCGAUUAAGCACGAGUAACGUGAAGUGUUACAUUGUAGAAAUGUUGUAAAAUAGAGCUCAAACUGAGGGAGAAGGAACAAAGUUAUCUUUAUCUCCUGACAAUUUGGUGUCAUCGACAAAGAUUUUGAGUUGGACAAGAAGUGAAUGAGCUCUGAUGAUUGUGUAUAAAGGGCAGAAUAGCAGAUACAUUUGAUAUUUGUUUUGCAAAGUUCUUUUUCUUGAUUCUUUUGAUACAUGUUGGGAUUUGUGUCUUGGAGUGCGGUGGAGUUCCCAAUAUUUGUAAUACCAAUCAAACAUAAAAUUCCCCUUCUUAAUAAGGGACUUCACACGGAUAAAUGUUGUCAAAAAUUUCAUCAGUAAUUAACAAGUUUAUUCCACUGUUGUAAUGUCAAGAAACUGAAACUCCAA